ACGUUUUUUUCUGUGCACAAGAAGGGCCGCUUAUUCAUAACACUCCCAGGCGCAGGUGUAGACCAGGCUACCUAUUCAUAUGCUCUGCACUCAUCUUCCAUCAAUACCUACACAUCAAGACCAAGGGGCUUCGGGAGGAAUUACCAGCCGGAGAAUGGUUUCGCAAUGUUAAUUGAUAUUUGGUGCGGUUAUUUUGUUCUCUCUCAUCCAUACUUCCCGAGCGCAAAUGACUUGACAUGGAUUGUGGUCGCAGUUAGGGACUUUAUUUGUGGAAAAUAGAGGAAGAAUUGAACACGAUGACUGACCAGUACAGUAUGUUUCUUACCACCGCUCCCCCUCUGAGAAGAGGAAGCACACCUCUACCAAUCAAGCACCAGCUGAAGCGGGAGGAGGCCGUAUCAGAGGACCGUGAUUGGAUACCAGGGAUUGACAAACCAUCCACACUGCCAAUCAGUGACACUGUUUGCCAGGAUGAAUCAUUUGGUCAGGCGGCGGAGGGGUAUCAUGGGAGUGCUAUAAGGAUCGUACUACUUGGGCAGAAUGGGGUUGGAAAAUCAUCGCUGGCUCUGUCCCUGGCUGGACUGUCAGACAGAUCUCUGUCGGUGGACUCUGAAACAGCCUGUGGAGAAGGCUACGAGCGCACAGUGUCCGUUGACGAUGAGGAGAGUUCAGUGAUCAUUUAUGACAACUGGAAACAGGACCUGUCCACGCUGCAGUGUGAGGUGGUUGUCCUGGUGUUCUCGGUGACUGACAGGAGGAGUUUCCAGCGCACUGCACAGCUCCGCCUCAUCCUCAGGGAGUCACUGCCCCACACUCCCAUCAUCCUCGUGGGCAACAAGAGUGACCUUGUCCGUUGUCGAGAGAUCAGCACAGAGGAGGCCCACUCCAGUGCCAUGAUAUAUGACUGCCAAUAUCUGGAGCUGUCUGCCUCCCUGGACCACGGUACCACCGAGCUGCUGGAGGGGGCAGUGAAGGCUGCCAGGGGUGACUGCGUGGGGCCAGGCUGGACGGAGGGGGACCCCGGGGCGGGGCGCAGGGAGAGCCUGACCAGCAAGGCCAAGCGCUUCCUGACUGGCCUGGUGCCACGCUCCUACGGCCGAGGAGACAGGGACCGAGGCCAAUACAGGGAGAUGAGCAGGCACCGGGGGAGCAAGAUCCUCCGACAGAAAUCACGCUCCUGCCAUGACCUCAGUGCAAUGUGACACACCAGACAGACAGAGAGAGGGGAUGGGAGGUGUGUGAAAAGGGGAAAGAAUGAAGGAGGACAACGGGGGAUGGGAGAUAAGUAAUGGAAGGGGAAAGGAAGAUGAGGAUGGUGAGAAGUGUAGAGGAAGAAAGACUAGUGGAAGAUACACAAAGGAGAGCGAGAGAGAGAGAGAGAGCAGAGGACAACCUGGUUAGAAAUGAGGCAGUACCUGAGGGGGAGAGAAUGAAAGAGAGGUGAAGUCAUCAGAAUUGCACGAUGAGAUGGAUAUGAGACGACUCAUAACGCAAUGAGAGAGAAAAAAACUAUGAAGAGUGAUAUUGGAGAAAGAUUAAUGAAUCAAGUAGGAAAACGGUGAUUGGAAAAUGUGCAAGAUGGAAAAGAAUUGGUCACAAAUUAAUACACCCAAGAGGCAUGUAGUGUCUGAUUAUGUAGAGACUGAUAGAGAUCUAAUGUAGACCUAAUGAUUAUGUAGAGACUGAUAGAGAUCUAAUGUAGACCUAAUGAUUAUAUAGAGACUGAUAGAGAUCUAAUGUAGACCUAAUGAUUAUGUAGAGACUGAUAGGUAUCUAAUGUAGACCUAAUGAUUAUGUAGAGACUGAUAGAGAUCUAAUGUAGACCUAAUGAUUAUGUAGAGACUGAUAGAGAUCUAAUGUAGACCUAAUGAUUAUGUAGAGACUGAUAGAGAUCUAAUGUAGACCUAAUGAUUAUGUAGAGACUGAUAGAGAUCUAAUGUAGACCUAAUGAUUAUGUAGAGACUGAUAGAGAUCUAAUGUAGACCUAAUGAUUAUGUAGAGACUGAUAGAGAUCUAAUGUAGACCUAAUGAUUAUGUAGAGACUGAUAGAGAUCUAAUGUAGACCUAAGUCCCUGUUUUUAAAAUCAUGAUAUUACACAGUGAAUAGAUUUGCAGAGAUAAGACUUGCCCAGUAGGCUCAUGUAAUUAUAGUAACAACGUCAUGGAUUAUACUUCUUAUUGGCCGGAAGCUAUGGUAUACUAUCCCUCCCCUGUGAUCUCCAAUGCAAUGCCCUUUACAAAAGACUCAUCUUGCACUUUUUAUACCGAUCAGAUUUAUUGUCGCUGCUGCAUAAUCCCUUUAUAUCAGGUAUUGCUUUUGGAGAUUAUUCUUUUCUCUAGAGCAGGUAGUGCUCAAUAAUCCCAUAGAUGAGAGAAUUUGGUUGGAGCAGGUCAUAUAUUACAGGAGCUAUUUUGAAAGUGAAUGUAAACUCAAGUCUUGCGGUUAUAUGGAAUCUGGCCACUUAUCCCACUACACUCUCCUUUACACUGACUCAAUGCUAAACAUCGCUGCACUCAAUCAUGAUCCUAUUUAAUAGGGCAAGGAGAUUUUCCUCACCAGGAAAAACUACAGGCUCUACCUAUAUACAGUCGUAUGAAAAAGUUUGGGCACCCCUCUGAGGCUGCAUAAUAAUUUACUCUGUCGUCACAGAAAAUGAUCACAGUGGCAUGCCAUUCAUUUUCUAAUAAAAGCUGAGUACUGGGGUAUUGUCCAGACAAAGAUUUUUAGUGUAGUAAUAUUAAGUUGUAUGAAAUUAAAUCAGAUGUGAAAAAUAGGCUGUGCAAAAAUGUGGGCACCCUUGUCAUUCUGUUGAUUUGAAUACCUGUAACCACUUAGCACUGAUUAAUUGGAACACACAAUUGGUUUGGUGAGCUCAUUAAGCCUUGAACUUCAUAGACAAGUGCAUCCAAUCAUGAGAAAAGGUAUUUAAGGUGGCCAAUUGCAAGUUGUUGUUCUCUUUGACUCUCCUCUGAAGAGUGGCAACAUGGGGGCCUCAAAACAACUCUCAAAUGACCUGAAAACAAAGAUUGUUCAACAUUAUGGUUUAGAGGAAGGCUACAAUAAGCUGUCGCAGAGAUUUAAGCUGUCAGUGUCCACUGUGAGGAACAUAGUGAGGAAAUGGAAGACCACAGGCACAGUUCUUGUUAAGGCCAGAAGUGGCAGGCCAAGUAAAAUAUCGGAGAGGCAAAGGCGAAGGAUGGUGAGAACGGUCAAAAACAGCCCACAGACCACCUCCAAAAACCUACAACAUCAUCUUGCUGCAGAUGGUGUCGCUGUGCAUCGUUCAACAAUUCAGCGCACUUUGCACAAGGAGAAGCUGUAUGGGAGAGUGAUGCGGAAGAAGCCUUUUUUGCAUACACGCCACAAACAGAGUCGCUUGAGGUAUGCAAACGCACAUUUGGACAAGCCAGCUUCAUUUUGGAAUAAGGUGCUGUGGAAUGAUGAAACAAAGAUUGAGUUAUUUGGUCAUAACAAGGGACGUUAUGCAUGGCGGCAAAAGAACACAGCGUUCCAAGAAAAACACUUGCUACCCACAGUAAAAUGUGGUGGGGGUUCCAUCAUGCUGUGGGGCUGUGUGUCCAGUGCCGGUACUGGGAAUCUUGUUAAAGUUGAGGGUCGCAUGGAUUCCACUGAAUAUCAGCAGAUUCUUGGGAAUAAGUUUGAAGAAUCAGUCACAAAGUUGAAGUUACGCCGGCGCUGGAUAUUUCAACAAGACAACGAGCCAAAACACUGCUCAAAAUCUACCCGGGCAUUUAUGCAGAGGAACAAGUACAAUGUUCUGGAAUGGCCAUCCCAGUCCCCAGACCUGAAUACCAUUGAGAAUCUGUGGGAUGAUUUGAAGCGGGCUGUCCAUGCUCGGCAACCAUCAAACCUAACUGAACUGGAGAUGUUUUGUAAGGAGGAAUGGUCCAAAAUACCUUCAUCCAGAAUCCAGACACUCAUUAGAGGCUAUGGCAAGCGUCUAGAGGCUGUUAUUUUAGCAAAAUGAGGCUCUACUAAAUAUUGAUGUGAUUUUUCUAUUGGGGUGCCCAAAUUUAUGCACCUGUCUAAUUUUGUUUUGAUGCAUAUUGCACGUUUUCUGUUAAUCCAAUGAACCUAAUUUCACUACUGAAAUAUUACUGUGGCCAUCAGUUAUUUGAUAGAUCAAAAUGAAAUUGCUGAUCCAAACACCCAAUUAUUUAUAAAUGGAAAUCAUGGAAAUUGUCAGGGGUGCCCAAACUUUUUCAUACGACUGUAUAUAUGCAGCUACUGCAGAGCCUAGCAAUAAGAAAAUCGCUCUAAAUGAAUAGAAAUAAGGAAUACUUGUAACUAGGGCCCAGACCUGACAGGGAAAACUCUCACAGAACCCACAGACUGACAGAACCCACAGACUGGCAGAGCCCACAGACUGACAGAACCCACAGACUGACAGAACCCACAGACUGGCAGAGCCCACAGACUGACAGACCCCACAGACUGACAGAACCCACAGACUGACAGAACCCACAGACUGGCAGAGCCCACAGACUGACAGAACCCACAGACUGACAGAACCCACAGACAGACAGAACCCACAGACUGGCAGAACCCACAGACUGACAGAACCCACAGACUGGCGGAACCCACAGACUGACAGAAGCCACAGACUGGCAAGAACCCCAGACUGGCAGAAUCCACCGACUGGCAGAACCCACAGACUGGUAGUACUCACUCCACUAACUGCUGACUGAGUCUGAGUUAGAGCACAUUGGAUUGCUAGAGGAACACAGGAAUAUAGAUUAUACAGGGCCUUCGGAAAGUAUUAUUACAUUUUCUUACGUUACAGCCUUAUUCUAAAAUUGAUUCAAUCUUUUUUUCCCCUCUUAAAUCUACACACAAUACCCCAUAAUGAAGAAGCUAAAACAGUAUUUUAAUUUGUUUUACAAAUGUGUUCAAAAUAAAAAACGGAAAUAUUCCAUUUACAUAAGUAUUUAGACCAUUUACUCAGUAAUUUGUUGAAGCACCUUGUCACGCCCUGACCUUAGAGAGCCUUUUUAUUUCUCUAUUUGGUUAGGUCAGGGUGUGAUUUGGGUGGGCAUUCUAGUUUUUCUAUUUCUUUGUUGGCCGGGUAUGGUUCCCAAUCAGAGGCAGCUGUCUAUCGUUGUCUCUGAUUGGGUAUCAUACUUAGGUAGCCUUUUUUCCACCUUUAGUUUGUGGGAUCUUGAUUUUGUUUAGUUGCUGUGUAGCCUGCAGUACUUUACGUUCGUUUUGUCUUUUUUCGGUGUUCAUUUUAAAUAAAGUAAGACGUUCGCCUACCACGCUGCACCUUGCUCUCCUCAUUCCAUCAACAAACAUGACACACCUUUGGCAGCGAUUACAGCAUCAAGUCUUCUUUUGUAUGACGCUACACGCUUGGCACACCUGUAUUUAGGGAGUUUCUCCCAUUCUUCUCAGUAGGUCCUCUCAAGCUCUGUCAGGUUGGAUGGAGAGUGUUGCUGCACAGCCAUUUUCAGGUCUCUCCAGAGAAGUCAGAUCGAUAAGAUGAAUACUGGACAAGAGGAAUACCUAUGUAAGAAUGCUGUUCAUCGACUACAGCUCAGCAUUUAACACCAUAGUACCAUCCAAACUCCUCAUUAAGCUUAAGACCCUGGAUCUCGACCCCGCCCUGUGCAACUGGGUCCUGGACUUUCUGAUGGGCCGCCCCCAGGUGGUGAGGCUAGGAAACAUCUCCACCCCGCUGAUCCUCAACACUGGGGCCCCACAAGAGUGCUUUCUCAGCCCUCUCCUGUACUCGCUGUUCACACAUGACUGCGUGGCCAUGCACGCCUCCAACUCAAUCAUCAAGUUUGCAGACGACACUAGAGUGGUAGGCUUGAUUGCCAACAACCACGAGACUGCCUACAGGGAGGAGGUGAGGGCCCCCGGAGUGUGGUGUCAGGAAAAUAACCUCACUCUCAACGUCAACAAAACAAAGGAGAUGAUCGUGGACUUCAGGAAACAGCAGAGGGAGCACCCCCCUAUCCAAAUCGACGGGACAGUAGUGGAGAAGGUGGAAAGUUUUAAGUUCCUCGGCAUACACAUCACAGACAAACAGAAAUGGUCCACCCACACAGACAGCGUGGUGAAGAAGGCGCAACAGCGUCUCUUCAACCUCAGGAGGCUGAUGAAAUUUGGCUUGUCACCAAAAACACUUACAAACCUUUACAGAUGCACAAUCGAGAGCAUCCUGUCGGGCUGUAUCACAGCCUGGUACGGCAACUGCUCCGCCCACAACCGCAAGGCUCUCCAGAGGGUUGUGAGGUCUGCACAACGCAUCACUGGGGGCAAACUACCUGCCCUCCAGGACAUCUACACCACCCGAUGUAACAGGAAGGCCCAAAGGAUAAUCAAGGACAACAACCACCCGAGCCACGAGGUCAGGUACAGGUGCAUCAAAGCUGGGACCGAGAGACUGAAAAACAGCUUCUAUCUCAAGGCCAUCAGACUUAAACAGCAAUCGCUAACAUUGAGUGGCUGCUGCCAACAUACUGACUGACUCAAAUCUCUAGCCACUUUAAUAAUAAAAAAUUGGAUGUAAUAAAUGUAUCACUAGUCACUUUAAACAAUGCCACUUUACAUAAUGUUUACAUACCCUACAUUACUCAUCUCAUAUGUAUAUACUGUACUCUAUACCAUCUACUGCAUCUUGCCUAUGCCGUUCGGCGAUCGCUCAUCCAUAUAUUUAUAUGUGCAUAUUCUUAUUCAUUCCUUUACACUUGUGUGUGUAUAAGGUAGUUGUUGUGAAAUUGUUAGAUUACUUGUUAGAUAUUACUGCAUGGUCGGAACUAGAAGCACAAGCAUUUCGCUAUACUCGCAUUAACAUCUGCUAACCAUGUGUAUGUGACCAAUAACAUUUGAUUUGAUCUGGUUUAAGUCUGGGCUCUGGCUGGGCCACUAAAGGACAUUCAGAGACUUGUCUCGAAGCCACUCCUACAUUGUCUUGGCUGUGUGCUUAGGGUCGUUGUCCUGUUGGAAGGUGACUCUUCGCCCCCAGUCUGAGGUUCUGAGUGCUCUGGAGCAGGUUUACAUCAAGGAUCUCUCUGUACUUUGCUCCGUUCAUGUUUGCCUCGAUCCUGACUAGUCUCUCAGUCCCUGCCGCUGAAAAACAUCCCCAAAGCAUGAUGCUGCCACCACCAUGCUUCACCGUAGGGAUGGUGCCAGGUUUCCUCCAUACGUGACGCUUGGCAUUCAGGCCAAAGAGUUCAAUCUUGGUUUCGUCAGACCAGAGAAUCUUGUUUCUCAUGGUCUGAGAGUCUUUAGGUGCCUUUUGGCAAACUACAAGUGGGCUGUCAUAUGCCGUUUACUGAGGAGUGGCUUCCGUCUGGUCACUCUACCAUACAGGCCUGAUUGGUGGACUGCUGCAGAGAUGUUUGUCCUUCUGGAAGUUUCUCCCAUCUUCACAGAGGAACUCUAGAGCUCUGUCAGAGUGACCAUCGGGUUCUUGGUCACCUCCUGACCAAUUCCCUUCUCCCCUUAUUGCUCAGUUUGGCUGGUUGGCCAGCUCUAGGAAGAGUCAAUUUAAGAAUGAUGGAGGCCACUGUGUUCUUGGGAAACGUCAAUGCUGCAGACAUUGUUUGGUACCCUUCCCCAGAUCUAUGCCGAGACAUAAUCUUGUCUCAGAGCUCUACGGACAAUUCCUUUGACCUCAUGGCUUGGUUUUUGCUCUGACAUGCACUGUCAACUGUGGGACGUUAUAUAGACAGGUGUGUGCCUUUCCAAAUCACGUCCAAUGAAUUGAAUAUAACACAUGUGGACUCCAAUCAAGUUGUAGAAAUAUCUCAAGGGGGAUCAAUGAAAACAGGAUGCACCUGAGCUCAUUUUCGAGUCUCAUAGCAAACGGUCUGAAUACUUAUGUGAAUAAGGUAUUUUUAUGUUUUUUAUUUUUAAUACAUUUGCAAAUAUUUCUAAAAACUUGUUUUCAUUUUGUCAUUAUGGGGUAUUGUGUGUAGAUUGCUGAGGAAUUGUUUUUAUUUAAUCCAUUUUAGAACAAGGCUGUAACCUAACAAAAUGUGGAAAAAGUCAAGGGGUUUGAAUACUUUCCGAAGGCACUGUAUGAGAGGAGAUGGCGAGAAAGACUCAACUAGCCUACCUGUGGUUGUUUCAUGUUAGAUUGUGUACAUACAGUACGUACAUACGGAACAUGUACAUAAACAUUCACUACCAUAGAACAGAGCACUGUGAGGGCUGGCCACACAGGCAAACACAAUAACAAGCGUUCUGGAAACGUUGCUUGGAUGUGUUGACAGCGUGUGGCAACAUCAUUGAUAUACAUUUAGCUACACAUGCUCACUUAUAUGUCACUGUCUAUUAUUUUGCGCUCUUGUCUUUCGAAAGAGAAUAAAUACAUUUUGUUUGACGUCCUUGA